AGUUGACGUUGGUUGCUUCGGGAUUCGUAUACCAACAGUCGUAAAAAAAUAAUUAAUUCGUGAAAAUGAAUUCUUUUAAUAAAAAAAUGGUCUCGAAUUUUGUAGUUUAUUAAAUCGGGCAAAACAAACUCGUUCUGUUAACCGAAGCAAGCGAGCGAACGAACCAGUAAACUACAUUACCCAAUUUAAUUCAUACAAAGUAGUUUGUAAAACUUGUUUUGUGGUGUGUGGUGUGUAUGUGCCUGUGUGUGCCUCCUGUUCUUUCUCCUUAUGAUCGAAUAAUUUAUUUAUUAGUGCUUCGGCCAGGUAAUCUUCAUUUAAAAGAAUUAAGAUGUCAACGACUGUUGGGGCGCAUUCGGGGGCUGGACCCCUGAGUCUUAUGUCGUGUGUACGCGAAUCCUCUCCCCUGCAGGACUACGAGCCCGACAUCGAGAAGAACGUGGUCUCGAAACGGAAGUUCUGGAACCCGAAGAAAUGGUUCCGGAAAAAGCAGAAAACGAGCGACGAUCACGUGGUGCACUCGCAUCAGGAGCAGAGGGAGACGGAGGGACCUCGCAGUCGGUCUACGGAGGAACUGUCCACCGACGAGGAACCAGUGAGGAGUCACGACGUGCGAAACUCGACGAGUAUGCACCCGGGGCUGAGCGUAUCGCACGACAGCGUCUUUCAUCCCCUAAACUCGGGUUCGUCCGAUCUAGAGCUGGAUGGAGCCCAAAGUUCAUCGUCCCUCUCCAUGUCUCAGCCCUUGGGAGAUCCAAAGUUACAGACUGAACUGAGCUCGAGACUGCGACUGCGCCGCGGACGCGGGGACACCAGCGAGGAUGACGAGGGGCUGCCCCGGAGCCCCCCUUGCGGCUCCCCCGCCGCCGUUAACGACCCCUUUCUUAUACUCGACAAGACUGUUAAUAAUAAAGAUCUUCCAACCAAGUCACAUAGCACGUGUAGCGAUGGAUCCCUACUUAGUAUGGAUAGUUCAGAAAUGGAUGAGGAUUCCGUUGGUUUACAAUCGAGGCAUUCUUCCAAAGUAUCCCUGAAUGAGAAAAGAGUAGAUCAAGAAUCCGACUUAGAAUUGAGUUUUUCAACUGUACCUUUGAACCAUAGUGCGGCACAUCACAGGGUGUCAGUCAGACCGAAACGGACCUACGGGGCGCCAAGAAGAAAAAAAGGCCCAUCGACCUCAGCACUACCGGCUACUCCGGAGGUCAACGAGGAUUCCUCAGUCAGAAGUAUAUCGCCAGAGAGCGUCAUUACAGAGCCGAUAACCGAGCUUUAUAGUUAUUCAGCCCGUGCGAGAGUACAGCAGAGGGGCGUGGUGCCUCACGAGGUCAAACUAAAAUGUAAUUCUUUACCAGUGGGUGCGACCCCGCCCACCGCGGACUCUUUGAGGUUGAGCAGGAGCAAAUCGAAUGCGGGGAAGAGUCAAGACGAUGCGAGUGUGCGAGGUGGUGAGGAACGUGAGGAGAAACUCUCGUUGUUCGAGAGGUUGUUUCCGCGCAGGAGCGGUAGGAAGAAGAAGAGGGAGGAGCGGAUUAGUAGGAUGGAGGUGGACGCCGGUGGGGUACCGAGCGAGGAUAACAAGACUGUCCAGCUUCAUGCAACGACGACGUCAUCUAAAGUCUUCACAGAAACAAAAACCGUGACGUCACAAAGUAAAAGGGAAGAGAUCAAACCGACGGUGGCGCCCCGUACCGGUGCGGCGUCCAGGCAAAGGGUCCAGCCCAUUGACAUCCCGGUGACGCCGAAGGAGGGACGCCAUCUGGUGUCUCCCGUUCCUGCUGAGAGAUCUUUCAGUCCCGGAACGUCACCGAUCCAGUUGGAAUUGGAGAAUUUAUUGAGGCAACGACACAAGACUUCCGCCCAAUCGACUGAAAAUACUACGAAAACUACCGUAGUUUCUAGUAGCGAGUACGCGAGCUCUUUUUCGUCAUCCAGGACUAGAUAUACGGAGACCAAAGUCAGUUCUGAGGACGUUCGUGGGAAAAUGAAGCUGGCCGGUUUGUCACCGUUGCAACAAAGAGUGCUUAGUCACGACUUUGUAGAAGAAAAUGAUUGUAGUAGCAGGCCUUGCAGACCCUUGGCAAAGUCCCAUAGCUUUAAAAACCCAAAAGUGGACAAACCGCUUGAAAUCAAAGAGGAACCGAGCAAAGCUGCCUCGCUGGACAGCGUGAAGAACUUGGAGGAACCCGUCGUCUUAAAGUCCGAACUGAAACUCACCUUGAAACCUGUAAAACGCGAUAAAGAACCUGCCAAGAUAACUCAUAAGGAACAAACGGUUUUAAUUGAUGAAUCAGAACCGAAAAUUACGGAUUCUCCCGUUUUUAGUGAGGCAAAUUCGAUCACGAUCUCGGGACCGAGUCACACAGCCAUCGUGAACGUGACCACUAAUAAAUCCGAUGAGUUUUCCAGUAGUUGCGAGACCGAAGUGACGGACAGCGACGGAUCCAGGAUGUUAUCGGUCAAGGAGAGUCAGGUUUCCGUUACGAAGAUUCGGUUGCACCAUGAAGUCACUCAGGUAACCAAAACCAACGUGGCCGUUGAAAAACCGACGAACGUACCCGAAUUCCUGAACAAACAACUGAAUAAAGUAGAAACAAAACCUACUAGUAACGUGGUUUUUACGAUGAAAAGCCCCAAGAUUAGCCCCGAGGAGGUCCAGUCCAACCUGAGGCCCAAAACCCUAUUCAGUUUCCCAGUGGGCGGCGAUCUCAAUAAGCCACUAUUACCGAGGAAGUUCAGCAAAGAAGACGUGGAAAUCAUUGAAAAUAAAGAUGCUUCACCCCCCAAGACCCCACCUGUCGUCACUACUCCAACUACACCCACUCAAUUCAGGUUUAAGAAGAACGACUCAAAACCGUCUUCCCGUAAAUCCUCACUGAUAUCGAUAACGCCCGAAUCGCCACCGAUAAAAGAAACAUUCAGGGACAAAGCGUUGAAAACGCGAUCGAUGUCACUGGAUUCGCUAAAAAGCGACGAGAAACCGGAAGUUUCCAUUGCGGAAGAGAAGUCCGGUCCUACGGAAGCGGUGGUUUUGAGGCGGAAGUCGUUCGCGAAACAGAAGAACGACGAGGAACCGGAACUGAUGAAGGUGUUCGCCCGCAGGUCGUUGAAGUUGCGAGACAGUGACGUCGAGGAUCUUCAGGAGGCUAUUUCGGAGGAUACGAAGCAGAGGGACUCUGACAAAGAGAACAACACCGAAACAACUCCGGAACCGGAAAAGAAGAUCAUCAGUCCAAAAGAAGACAGAACAAUGGGACUGAAAAGUGCAACAAAAGAGGACCCAAUAAAAGUCCAGAAACCACCGCUAUCGGAAAACCACAAGUCACCAGAAUUUGUAAGGAACGUCACCAAAGAUGAACCGGAGGUCCAGUUAAGACGCGGCCUAAACAAUAACCUAUUUUUGGCGAGUCAACGUGCAGCGAGUCUGAACACCCCCAAAACCGUAAUAACGGACUUUCACAUAAAGAAGCAGUCGUCGUUACACGAAAGGCGAAAAACCGACCAGUGGGUAACCGUGACAAAGGAGAAUCAGAGCGAUCCCGAAAUAAUCACGAGCAGCAUCAGCACGAAAACGGAUGAAGUGCGAACGGAAACGAAGAAUUUUAGCCAGAGAAGAGCUGAGUGGGAAAAACGAGUACAGCAAGCUCAAAAGUAAACGUCACUGAAUAGAUUACAGUGAACGUUUCGGACAAAUUGAACUACCUACUGGCCUUAAAGUAUAUAAUAUCUCUUAGUCAAUGAAUGUGAUAGUAUUAGUACUUAGGAUGACGUUGUACUGCGCGUGUUAGGUGACUGACUGAGGUUAUUUUCUUACUUAAAAAAAAAACUAUUAUUUAGUUUACUCGAUCAAAUUUAAGGGUAUUAGUGUAAGAAAAGAAGAUAUUUUGUCUCCGAUGACAUAUAUUCUUGUACAGCAUUUAGGAGGGAAUCUGUUUAUGUAUGUAUUCUUUCCUUAUCGCUUAUAAAAUAUGAAUUAUUUUAUAUUGUAUUUAUUGUACAUAAUUUUUUUUUAAAUACUUCAGAAUGUGAUUGAAACGCGUGAAUAUUACUACAGGGUGAAAAAUAAUAAUAAAAGUUGCGAACGUUAAGAUAUUUUAUGAUGUUAAUUAUACUCGUUU